AUGGUGUUCCUAGUCGACACCGGUUCGGACCAGUGCGUACUACCGCGUACAUGUGUGAAGGGCCAAACCGAGAAAACGACGUACGCGAUGUAUGCAGCAAACGGAACUACCAUAAGCACGUAUGGUAUCAGAACUCUCCGGCUUGACUUUGGACUUCGACGAGAGUGGAAAUUCGUCAUCGUCGACGUGGCGAAACCCAUCAUCGGACCGGAUCUCCUAACCCACUACGGGCUGCUCGUCGACCUCCGAUGCCGCCGACUAUUGGACACCACAACAUCGCUUUUCUCAACGGGAAAGAUUGCCACCGGAGAACCGGAUUCAGUGAGGACCAUCGUGGACGACUCGCCGUACCACCAGCUCCUCGCCAACUACCCGAAUCUCACGAGACCGACAGCGAUCCCGCGCAAGGUAAAGCACGAUGUCGUCCAUCAUAUUAACACGACGCCAGUUCAUUGUAAACCGCGCAGACUGGCUUCGGAUAUGUAG